AUGUCUAGCUCUUCGGAUAGCUCUGACUCUGAGAGUGAGGAAAAGAAGAAGAAAGAUAAGAAAAAGUCCAAAGACAAGAAGAAAAAAGACAAAAAGAAGAAAGACAAGAAGAAGAAGGACAAAAAGAAAGCCAAGAAGAAAAAGAAGGCAUCGUCGUCCUCUGACUCCUCCAGUGAUAAAAAGGCGAAGAAGGAUAAGAAGAGGAAGCAAGAAGAGGCUGAUGCCAAAAAUGCCUGGGUGGCUCGAAGAAUGAGAGAGCUGCGAAAAGAAGAUCCCAAUCUCGCGCUACGAGAUGCCAUGAAAGCUGCUGAAGAAGAGUACGAGCAGAUUUUCAACAGCACCGAGCCACCAAAGAAGCCCACAGAGGAAAGCUCCGAUUGGGCUCUGCCCGCCGCGGCAGAAGCUGCCAAAGAGGCGGAAGAAGAAGCUCGAAAGCUUGGCAAGAGCGAGGAGGAGAUUGCUCAAGCUGGAAAGGAAGCAGGCGAGAAAGCCAUGCGCGUCGCCGAGGAGGCUGGGGUCUAUGCUCCACCCAAGGAGCUUCCCCUCUUCAUGCAGGCGCGUUUACAGCGCGAGUCGGAAGCGGCCCGACUGGCGGCCAUGCCGGCACCCACGGCCGGUGCCAAUAGCAGGCCCGCGGAGAUGAUGGAGCCGCGGAGAUUAGCUUUGAAGUUGCCCACGGAAAAGGAGAAGAAGAAAAAGCGAUGA